AUGCUUGAUCUAAGAGGUGAUCCAUACGCAAACCUGAUCGCAAAAAUCAUCCGAAUCUGCAAAACAUGCGCAAUCUUCAGAGAGCGGAUGAUGUUGCAGGAAAGUUCCCAGGCCCAGAACGGUCGUUCCAGCGCUGCCAGGGAUAUUCCGACACGACCCAAGGACGAACGAUGUCCGAUAGACACAUGUCCCAGCAUCUCGGACGGUAACAAGUCCGACAAUGGAGGCGCCCAAUUGUGCUCUGCGCAGAAAGAUCAUAGUGUUCUACUUGGUCACGAACCGAAAGGUCCUCACGAUGCUCUCGAUGUAGAAUUAUCUGGAUUGCCAUGA